AUGAAGCCGGUUGAAUCUGUCGACAAUGCUCUGGGUCUCCAGACGCUUCCCAGGGAGAUCUUAUUGAUGCUUCCCAAAUUUCUAGAUAACCUUGAGGACUACGUGAAUUUAUCCUCCACCAGUCGCCUCCUUAGGUGCUGUAUGGCCGCGGCAGAUCCGCACACAAUCCUGCACCUCGCCUGGGCAUCAAGCCGAAUUUUCUUCCGUCCCUCGCCGUUCUUCCUCUGCAGUGCCGUAGCGGCACAAAUAGGUGUUUGGGCCCGGGAAUCCGACGCCAAUGAAGUAGAACUCGUGGCCGGGAUGCCGCGUGGCCUAGAUCACUUAAUGGACUUGGCCCUGCGUCAUAGACAGAUCGGCCUGACUAUGGAACGUAUCCGUGAGCUGUAUGCAAUGCGAUUCUCCGUGAUAAACCCAAUAUCAGAUCUCAUCGACAAAUGCGUCGGUAAGCAAUGGUACAGUAUCCCCAAUUUCUGGUCUGGCGGCGCUUCCGAUGCGGCCACGAUCAGAACUAACGAAGAAAUAUUAAUCUACGUCCUGGCCGCCUACGGGGAGCUGUUCGGGCCCGAUUUUGAGCCCUUGUUUGAUCCUGCUCUUUCCUCCAGGAAAAGGCUGAGAAUCGAGACACGACUGGAGUUUGUCAAGUAUUGCAUUCCUGAUAUCCAUACGGAGAGGUACCAACAUGAUCUCCAGCUCCCCGACGGAUCCUACGAUCCGCGUCGAACCAUAGUCGUCGUCGAAGGCGGCCCCUAUGACGAUGGUAAAGACCAACCCCAGUACUAUGCCGACGAUCAUGCUGUAGCAUUACUCUGGGUAAUGAGAAGUUCACGUUGGAGGCCGCAUUGGAUAAAGGCACGCCAAGAUGCCGGGGCAAAGCCCGACUUUGCGAAUAAGCUCGAGGAGCGUGACAACCCGGACAGAGAUUGGAGGCAGGACUUGCUAGAAAAUGUGAUGCAGUGUCAGGGGAUGGAAGCCUUGGGGAUGAUCAGGCCCGGUACCGAGAUUGCGGAACGGUAUAAACCGAAGAUUAGGGAGUGGAGGGAGAAGAUCGAACGUCUCGAGGUAGAACCUCCAAAGAUCGAAGUAUCUGGCUAUGAGACGCACGAAUAUCCGGAUCUCUAUGGAGAUUUGUCAGUAUGCACUAGCGAUUGGUGGUAA